AUGGAAACCCCCAAGCCAGAGAUGACGGAUUUGGCGGCAGCCAACCGCGAGUUCUGGAAAAUCUUCAAGAACCAGUGGAUCCUCAACCUGGCCAAGAAGAUCGCCGAUGCGCUCUCCGAGAAUGUCGAGUGGAUGGGCAUCCGCCGUCGAGCAGAGGGCAGCCCGCCCCUGAAGCUUCUUGACUAUGCAUGCGGCUUUGGCAUGGUCUCCAGCGCGCUUCUGGGACAAUUCGACGUCAUCAGAGGCAUCGACAUAUCCGACACCAGCGUCGCAGCAUACAACGAGAUUGCUCGAAAGUCCGGUAUUCCGACUGAGCAAAUGGUCGCGGUCCAGGGCUCUAUUCCUUCGACGGAGGCGGACACGGUGCUGGCAAAAGAGGAAUUCUUCGAUUUCGAUCUCAUUGCAAUCAGCAUGGCCCUUCACCAUAUCGAUGAUCGUGUUGGUGUUUUGUCUGGGCUCUACAAACGACUGCGCAGCGGAGGUGUCUUGGUUGUUGUUGACCUGACCCCAGAGGCUCAUUCGCACGACCACUCUCACAAUCAUUCACAUGCCCAUUCACACAAUGGCGGGCACGACGGCGACCACGACCACGACCACGACCACGACCACGACCACGACCACGACCACGACAACGUGACAGCUCAUCACACAAUCUCCAAGCAUGGCGGAUUUGGACCGGAAGAGAUGAAGGCUCUCAUGGUCGACGCAGGCUUCGUUCCUGGAAGUUUCGACUACAAACCGUACCUUGAUACGACACCAGUCAUGUCCAAUGUUCCUGCGCAGGGCAGUUGCGAGAGUGCCAAGCUGAAGCCAUUUUUCAUUGCCAAGGCUGUGAAGCAGUAG